AUGCGGAGCAGCCGGGGUGCGUGGGGAGCCCGUGGUUCCGGUGAGGUGCUGGAGGGUCGGUCAGGAAAGAGGAUUCUUGGCACCUCUGGCCAGGGUGAGCUGCUUCACGAAAAUGAGCUGCGUGGCAAGGUUGUUUGGGUGACAGGAGCUUCAAGUGGAAUUGGAGAAGAAUUGGCUUACCAGCUAUCAAAGAUAGGAGCCUUGCUUGCCAUCUCCGCAAUUUUUGUGAAAAAGAAAUGCCUUCAGAUAAGCAGCUUGGGUGAAAAAGAUAUCCUUGUUCUGCGUCUUGACUUGACUGAUAGAAGCUCUCAUGAAGCUGCAACCAACAGUGUUCUUAAGCAUUUUGGCAAGAUUGAUGUUUUGAUCAACAACGGUGGCCGUUCCCAGCGCUCGCUGUUUGUGGAUACAAACCUGGAUGUCUACAGCGCCAUAAUGGAACUCAACUACCUGGGUACAAUCUCCUUGACAAAACACGUCCUCAAUCACAUGAUCCAGAGGAAAAGAGGAAAGAUUGUUACUGUGAGCAGUGUGAUGGGUAUCAUGGGAGCUCCUCUUGCCUCUGGGUACUGUGCCAGCAAGCAUGCUCUGCAGGGUUUUUUUAAUUCUCUUCGGACUGAGCUGACUGACUACCCUGAGAUAAGUAUUAUCAACAUAUGCCCAGGACCAGUACAGUCCAAGAUCAUACACAAUGUCUUUACGGAGAAUCUUGCGAAGUCCCUAGAGAACACCGGUGAUCAGUCCCACAAGAUGCCGACGGACCGCUGCGUGCGGCUCACCCUGGUGAGCACAGCCAACGACUUGAAGGAGGCUUGGGUCAGCGACCAGCCCUACCUGGCCGUUUGCUACCUCUGGCAGUACGCACCCACCUGGGCGUGGUGGUUGAUGAACAGAAUGGGCAAGAAGAGGAUACAGAACUUUAAGAGCGGAGUGGAUGCUGAUGUCUCUUACUCAAGAAAGAAGAAGUAAGAACAAGCAUGUACAAAUCCUGCUGUUCUUGUGUGAAGGCUGGGAAACUUUUUUGACAUUGUGUGACUGCAAAAAAAAGCUUUUUUUUUUUUUUUUUUUAUGUUGUGCCUUUGUCAUCAUGUAACUUGACAAAGCUAUCAAGCUGUAUACACACUUGACUAAAUAAAAAUCUCUUUCUAAACAUACUGGUUU